AGCUCUCGGAGGUUUUGGCUACUUUUAGAGUAAUGACUACUGAAUUUGUUGUAUCAGACCAGACAUUUAAUCUGAAUGAAGAUUAAAUGAAGAUUGAAGGCACUUUGACUGCUGUCGGUAGAUGAUCCAGAUCUAAGACAUGGAGACUGAUAGCGUUGGUUGGAAUUAUGAAGCGGACCUAACUUGUCUUAUACCGUUUUGGGAGGUGGUGGAUGGUCUUUGGUACAUUCCGUAUCCGUUGGAAGUUGGAGUGGACAUACCGGAAGUGGUGUUGGAGAACCACCGAGCACUGAAUACAAUGCCGGUCAAUACAGAGAGCAAGGAGCAGGAUGUUCAGACCGACGACUGGACGCAGGAAAAAUGUGUCAACACUAAUGAAAGUUGGGAACACUUAAUGCGCGUCCUGGUAGAACAGAGUGCCGAGCUGGCAGCCGAGUGCAAGUCUCUGGAGAAACAGCAGGCUGCCGAAGAGACCGAGUGCAAGAGCCAAAUCGAAAGUUUGGAGAAGAUGAGGGACGACAAGCAGCGGCAACAUCGGGCUCUCCUAGAGAAGAUCGAGUCGGUGCAGGUGAAAUUGGAUCUAAACAGCAGUAAGACAACGCGGAAAAACUUCACCGCCAAAGUCGAGGAGCUCACCGCCGAGAGGGAUCAAAAGCUGGAGACGAAGAGAAGAUUGACCCAAGAGUUAGAGGAGGCAGAUGGGAGACUGAAGAUGUUUACAGAAGAGCAGAGAAAUGAGAAGCUUAAAUGGGAACAAGAGAUUGCUGCUUUGCAGCGUGAGAUGGAGAGACUCUCUGGACAAGUUGAAGAAUCCAGGCAGGCAGCUCUGAAAGACGAGAUCGCUGCUCUAGAGUCUCAGAGAGAGCUGGCAAUUUCUCAGCUAGAAGACUGGAUUGCAGAAGCCGAACGAUAUCUAAACACUCUCAGGUCAAACACUUCACCUCAGAGCAGCCGGCAUCGAAUUGAAUGGGAGAAAAAUGUGGCAAUGGUUCGUAAAAACUUGGGCAAACUACAGUUACUGUAUAAUGAAAACCUUACUCAGCUACAAAAGGGGCAGCAGCUGGACAGUUUGCCUAAAAUCCCCUUUCCUCAUCUCCCUCUCAUACCCAUGAUCGACUUGUUGAAUUUCACGACAUAUGCUCCAAUCCGCCCAACGGUGACCCAGCCUCAGUUUCACCCGGCCCAUAGAACCACCCCACCUCCUCUUUCUGCACACAACACGGCGGCCUUCACGCCACACACGCACGAGCAGAACGUGCCCGUCCCGAGGCUGGCCAUGCCCACCUCCAUCUACGCCCUUACAACACCCUACACUCACACUACCUACGCAUUACCGUACGCUGCUGUCCCUACAGCCCAGGUGAACGUCCCGGUCAGUCUCGCAGCAGCAGCUCAGUUGUCUCAAGGGGCGGGGCCAGUCUCCUCAGUACGAAACCCCGCCUCCCAGGCGCUUCCGUCAAUCCCACAACCUGCAGGCAAGCUGGACAAACUGCUGGAGAUACUGGGCACGCAGUUCCCACAAUGCACGAGACCUCAAAUAAUGGCUGUGUUGCAGCAGGUUAAGAGUGAGCGUGGCACUAUGGCUGGCAUGUCCAUAGAGGACAUCAGACAACAAGUGGAACAGAGACUCGCACAAAACGAACGGCCGCCUCCAGGCCCCAUAGCGCCCCCUGCAGGCUCCAGACACUCACACAGAGGUCCUGUCCAGCCUUCGUUGUCCACGCGUCCCUCUCUCCAUGCUCCCAGUGCCCACGUCUUCCAGUCCCGAGGCCCACAGGCUACUCCAGCUGUGCGCAGACUGUGCUUAAUGUGUCAGAACCACGUAGAACCGGGAACCCAGUACAACACAAACUGCACUCAUACGCUACACAAAGAGUGCAUCAGUGUGUGGCUGCAGUCCAGCAAGAACAACUCCUGUCCUUUCUGCCCCAGAAAAUAAACCUGUGUGGCUCUUUAUUCAACGUCACAUGAUGCAUACGAGACAUUAAGGCCUGCAGGGAUUAUUGUUAUUAUCUUUUUCCCUUUAUAUUCUUUUAUACGUGAACAACAUUUUUAGAAAUAUUUUUGACACGAAUCCAAAUGGGUUGUAUGUGUGUGCUGUUCCUACAGAGAGAGAGACAAACAUUUCAGAGCACUCUGUAUUUCAAUUCUAUUGAUUUUCUAAUAAACAUUAAUUGAUAUGUC